UAGCGGACAGCACAGUCUUAUCCUUUGGGCUGUAGUCAUAAUCUUACAUGCCGCUGAUGCUAUCAAGUUCCUUCCGCUUCUUGCGUUCUCGGCCUCGAUCGUCCAUGGCGCACCUUAGCACCUGCAAUACCAGCGUCAGACAGAAGGCGAGGUUGAAAGGUGUGGUGUUCGACAUGGACGGAACCCUGACCGUUCCUGUGAUUGAUUUCGCAGCAAUGAAUAAAGCCGUGUUGGGCGAACAAGAGUAUGCUUCCUUGAUAUCCCAGAAUCCUUCUGGCAUCGAUAUCUUACACCACAUUGAGAAAUGGAGCCCCGACAAGCAACAGAGAGCUAAUGAGAUCAUCCUCGAUUUCGAACGUCAAGGACUUGAGCGUCUCCAGAUUAUGCCCGGUGCAGCAGAACUAUGUGGUUUUCUUGAUUCAAAGAAAAUCGGAAGGGGCUUAAUAACUCGCAAUGUCAAGGCUGCAGUUGAUAUGUUUCACUUACGCUUUGGGAUGGCAUUUUCUCCAGCACUCAGCAGGGAGUUCCGCCCUUACAAACCUGACCCAGCUCCAUUGUUGCAUAUAUGUGCAACUUGGGAUGUUCAUCCUAGUGAAGUAAUAAUGAUUGGAGAUAGCCUUAAAGAUGAUGUAGUUUGUGGAAAACGAGCUGGAUCCCAUACAUGCUUGCUUGACGAAACAGGGAAGUUUGACUCUCCUGAAUUUGAUUCUGUUGAUUUAAAACCGGACUUUAAGGUUUCUUCACUUACUGAAGUUUUUUCACUGCUGGAAGCAAAUUUCGAUUUGAUUCCCAUAAUCCCAAGCUCUUUUGAGGACAGAAAAGGUAACUAGUGAUCUGCGUUUUUGGUAGUCAAGGGGAUUCACAUAUUAUCAUAGUUUGGUUGAAGC